AUGGCCGCAUCGUUCCUCAGCAUAUUGACACUGAACGCGAGAAGGCCGCCUGUUGGGGCGGCCUCACCACCGGACGUCGUCAUCGCGUCGAGCGCCGGGGCGUGCAUCGCAACUUUCGAGCGAUGCAAGGAAAACGCCGCGGUCGUCGACCCGCAAAGGCAGUCGUCCGUCGAAGACCAACUUGCUCGGUUCUCUAUAUGGGCGUUUAACAUGGGCGUCUUCGCGAAGCCGAAGCUAUCAUUAGAUCAUCGACUCAGAGAGGCAAUCGGAAUUCGCCACACCGUAGUUGGGCUUCUUGGUGUCUUGAACGACCUCGUUGAGCAAUGCGAGUUAUGCACGUUUCUGGCUGAUAUCGGAGACCCCCUGCUGCAGAUCCCCGAUCGCAAUCAGCGCCUUGCCGGAGGCGAGUUCGAGCGAGUUCUAUUAGAGAUUGCCGGCGAGCUCACGCUUCUCCAUGACCUUUCAAACACUAUUAGUCAAGCAGGAAGAAAGGCACAGGAGGAAAAAGCUCCCAAAGAUUUUGUCAUCAAGGACAUCCAAGGCAACGAGCUUGAGGUACCCCUGAUGGAGGCAUACGCAAGCAAUAUCCUCGACCGCUUCCCCGACUGCAGUGAGGUGAUUCGGAGGCGAUUGGCCCAUACCAUGGUUCUUAGGAGAAAGCGGAUACUAUACCGAAGGUUUCGCUACGCCGGCAAACCUAUCAGGCCGACGCAACCUUCGACCAAGCCCACAGUCCGGCCACCACAAGAUCGAGCACCCGUCACCGAAUCCCGCACAAGAGUGCGAGAAGCUCGCUUUGAAACAACCACGAAAGUCACCUCCAAGGUUGCGGAGAGUGUGGCACAGUCGACGGCCAUAAGAAGUGCGACGACUCUUGCGAUGACGGCCUUCCGAGAGGCACAGGCUCCUACCGUGGUUUCGAGGUCGAAAACAAUCGCAAUCAACUCCCAUGAAGGACUCGUCUUCCCACCGGCACCGGGCAAACACAUCAGAGAUCGGUACAAACAGCUCAAGUUGAAGCAAGAGGAAGACCUCGAACGACGGUUGGGUCGGGUUGCUGCACGACAUGCACGCGAUGAGAAGAGCAAGAAGAAUACGAGAGGGUUCCUCGAUGAACUAUUGGCCAAGGAGCGGCAGCGAAGUCUACGAGAACUGGAGAUUUUGUGGCAUAAUUGCAACGAAUCUGUUGUUGAAGUGAUAUGUCCGUUUUGCCUCUGCGUCCUGACACGCACGGACGUCAACAGAGACGAGGCCUGGAGAGAACACGUCAAGAAUGAUCUGGAUGCCUAUGUAUGCCUCUUCGAGGAAUGCGGCGAACCGGACAAGCUAUGGAGACGCAGUGAGGCGUGGUUGAAGCAUAUGACGGAACACACCCUGCGGUGGAGGUGUCCAGCAAAGGCCCAUCGAGACCAGCACUUCGAGACGCAGGACGCCUUCCGGGCUCACCUCUUAGAGGGUCAUAAGAAAGCCUAUAGCGAUGCCGAGCUUGCUAUGCUCAUCAGCAGAAGCAGGAAAGCCACCGGGCCGCUGUUUAUAUCAUGCCCUCUGUGCGGCCACACCACCGAAGAGGUGAAUGGGAAGCUUGAGCAGCACAUCGCCGGGCACCUUCGAUCGCUCGCUCUCAAGUCCCUCCCCCCUGAAUAUGACGACGCGGACAACGAGGACGAAGAUGGGGCCAGUAAUCAGGGUUCGUUUGACGCACUUUCCAACCGCAGCACGAUCAAAGCUGUCGAUGACAUGGGAGAGCCACUCGUUUUCGAUGAUCAGGACGAAGUCCACGAACCACAGACGACUGGGGCCUUUGUGAGCUCAAAUGAUAAAACGACUCAGCGGCUCGUGAACGCGGACAUCCGGCCUCUAACGUACACCGCGGAAGAUUUCCAUCAGGGCGUGGAAAAGGAAAACGAAGCUUGGACACUCUCAUCUACUUAUUUUGACCGACUGCUCGUGCCAAAUUAUCUCGACCUCUACCAAUUGGACCAGACGAAUCCCGCAAGGCCGGUCUAUGUGGACCACACCUAUCCCACGGCUGGGAGUCCUCUGAGCGAUUUAGACUCCUGGCUUGUCGCAACGAACCAUGACAAGGCAUUCGAAAACCUCCCGGCGCCGUUGGGCACAGAGUCUGCAUACAUGUAUGAUACAGCCGGCCUUGGCGACUGGGCAAAUUACGACAAGGAAUUCCAUGAGCCCUGGGACGCGGUCACGGGAUAUAGGGACUCGGAAUGGCCUACUCGUCCGCCCCUCAUCGGGUUGGGGUUAGAGCCUCCAGCUCGGAACGCGCAACCCCUACCUGAGCAUCCAACUGAGCAUACCAGAGUCUCGCCCUGCAGCAAUGAGACGCUCGUAAAUAUGCCGCCGAUAUAUGUCUCCGCCGCGACGCCCCCUCCUCCAGUCGCUUGGGACGCGGACUCAUUUCCAUUCGAGCCGCAUACUCACGACUUCGUCAUCUCUGGCCUCACACAUAAUGCUAGGGCAGAUGAUAAGCUGCGCAAACUCAUGCAGCGAGUGGUCGCCAAAGAGGCCAGAGAACAUGAAUGGGACGAAUUCCAAAACACACUCGGUCUGGUAAUUGAUCAGCAUUACUCCGGGAGCGAUCCCGAGGAACUGGCGGCUUCGGCACUCUUGAACGAAUUGAAGAAAUCGGCGGAAGAAAAUACUGCGAUAGCUAAGUCGCAAGCGCGAGCCGGGCCAUCGAGGCUUGAAGGCGAGGAACUCGAGAGGCCCGACCACCCGGCAAUUCUUUGCAGAGGAUGCAGUAAGAGGUUCGGGAGCCCUGAAGAGUUAAAUGCACACGUCGCCGCAGAGCACGGGGGCAUCGUUAAGAGAUACAUCUGCCGAGACCCUGAGACAGUUGGCCUUGGCUCCAGCCUCCGGUGCGAGACUCCGCUUUCCAAUUGUCAAUCCUGUGCGUCAAAGAAACACUACACCAGGUGGCUCAGUGCCGGUGCGCAUCUGGCCAGCUGCCACUUGGAGCGGCCCGGGCCUUCGAGCGGCAAGGAUAAGAGCGUGUCGAACGACGUGCGCGGAGCCAAGGCUGGAGGUAGUGAGGACGUGUCAGUCGAUCUGCAAACCGUGUCGGAGCUCAAGCUAUGGUUGGAAGAGGUGUACGUCACCGUCGACGGCGAUGUGCUGGAGCCGAUUGAGGCCGCCAGGCGCAGUCUUGCUGCACUUGAGCAGGAGCAAAGUGCAGGCGGCCCCCAGACCCUCAAUACGGUCUUGCCUCUAGAACAGCGCCCCGGGGCAAAUCCUGCAUACUGGGGAGGGCCUUAG